AUGUGAUGUGAUGAGAGGAAACCAAACCUGUAAAAAAGAUGGAAAUUGCAGUGGGAAGAUGCUUACAUAGUUUGGCACAUUCUGCUUUCCCUGCAAGAAAGAUCACAUGUUAUAAAACAGGCUAUGGCAUUGGCAGGAAUACUACUAACUGGAUUGUUAAAAGGAACUGUCGUACCGUUGUAGUUCAAGCGCAGGAUCGCCAAACAUGGCUUCCUGGACUUGACCCUCCGCCUUAUCUUGAUGGAACGCUUCCUGGAGAUUUUGGAUUUGAUCCUCUGGGGCUUGGGGAGGAUCCGGAAAGCUUGAAGUGGUACGUUCAGGCAGAGCUAGUUCAUUCCCGGUUCGCCAUGGCUGGAGUAGCUGGAAUUCUUGUAACAGAUCUUCUACGUGUGACGGGAAUAAGCAAUUUGCCUGUCUGGUAUGAAGCUGGAGCCACCAAAUUUGGUUUUGCUAGCACGCAGACGUUGUUCAUCGUUCAACUACUGCUGAUGGGUUUUGUUGAAACCAAAAGAUACAUGGAUUUCAAGAAUCCAGGAUCUCAAGCCAAAGAGGGAUCGUUUUUCGGCAUAGAAGUCGCCCUCGAAGGGCUGGAACCAGGGUAUCCUGGAGGACCACUGCUUAAUCCUCUUGGCCUGGCAAAGGACAUAAAGAAUGCUCAUGAAUUGAAGCUCAAGGAGAUUAAAAAUGGAAGGUUAGCAAUGGUGGCUAUGCUGGGCAUAUUCAUACAAGCUUAUAUUACUCAUGUCGGUCCCAUUGACAAUCUUAUAGAGCACCUCUCUAAUCCUUGGCACAAAACAAUCAUUCAGACACUUUCUGGAUAGACUUCUUAAGCAUUCAGAAAAAUUUCGUCUAAGUCACAUCAUUCCAAUUCUUUUUCUCUGUGUCGAGCAAAAGAGUAGAUAUACUGCAAAUAAUUUGUUCAUUGUAUUGAUUUAAAUCACAAGGAGGUUCCAACUAGUCUAUCUUUCGACA